AUGGCCCGCCGAACCAAUAACUGGCUUACGCCUGCACGUACCGCAUCUACCAAUCCGUGCACUAAUCUCUACCCCACUUUGACACCGAUCUCAACCUCAUCAAAUAGGCCAGAUGGACAAUUUGAAGAAAG